AUGGAAUUUGUUGGUGUUGUGGCGAGCGGUAUCACGAUUUGGGAUCUGGUUGUGAGAGCCAAGCACUUUUGCGACAAAGUGAAAUGCGCACCUGACAAAUGGAUACGAUACUGCCAGGAACUUGAGAACCUAGCCCAUGUCCAGGUCGUUCUAAACGACAUGGUCAACACUUCUGAUGCCAUCAAAAGACGAAAAAUCGAGGUUGAGGGGGGCGAACCUGAGUUUUUGGUCAAGUUUAUGGCUGACAGAAUUGAGACCAUUCGCAAAGAGGCAGAGGGUAUCCUUGACCGGUAUGACCGACUAAAGAAGCAAAGCCACAGGAGUCGCAAGGCGAGGGUUUGGAAGUGGUUCGGACUCAACAUGACGGCCUACAAGUUCGUUUUGGACGAUCAAGACAUUCAUCACUUGAUUGAGGCGGUCGAACAUGCUAAGACGUGCUUGCAAUCGUUACUCUGCCUUCUUCAUUUGGAGAGCUUGGACUAUUGGCAGCAACAAACACAAAAUGACCUCAGGAGCAUCCAUGGAAACAUGAGAAAGCAUGCUGAGGCAUUGGAAACACUUCACAAAGACAAGAAUCUGGGUCAAUUAACGCUGCAAAUUGUCCAGGAAGAGGGUCCUCUGUCCUAUGACCAAACACAAAAUAGGUCUUCUCUGAGCCUUCGUUCAUCGAUAAGGGAGUCGAUGGGUAGUUCAAAGAUCGGCCAAAAACUCAAAAAGGGGCGAAAAAAGGCGAAGAAUCUCUUUUCUACUAUCUCCAGCACUUCCAAGAUAGGCCAUGGCCGAGCACACUCCUACGCUGGGCCCGCAAAAGCAACAGGCAAGAAAGCGGAAGAGACUAAAUACGAGCAUGGAUUAGAGGCGCACGCCGACAUGCACGAUCCGGAAUAUGAGCAUCCAAACUCCGACACAGAUGACGAGGCCGUUGAUGAUGACCAAUUCUCAUCCCUUGGAUGUUCAGGAACGAUGACUCAAGGAAGAGAUCCAGAGCUGGAAUACGAUCUUAUCUACCGCGAUAAUAAGCUACUGACGAUUGAUACCAACACUGAAGAGUACAAAGCCCUCGUCAGUGGGAAUCGCGGCGCGACACGACAUCCGACAACCAUCCGACUUCAUGAUGCCUUCAAGCCUAUGUCUGACGAGGAGUGGACAAGCUGCGUUGAGUCUAACCCUGGACAGCUCGCUGCCAUUCUCUCUUCAACCGUCUGUUCUGAUACCGAAACAGUCGAUGGGGAAAUACUUGAAGAGACCUGCGGAGGAAAUCUUGAACCAGCGGAUGAAGAAGGGUUAGAACUCACUGACAAGGGGGCUAUUGAAGCUAGCCCCGAAGAAAGGCCUCAAGUCAUCAAGGAAACCACGCUUGGCAAUCCAGAUGAAAGAACUGUCGACAACACCAGAAAUACAACCCCUAAGAUUCCGGACGGGGGAGUACCUGAAGCCACUAAUGGUGAAGACCCCGAGGCUGUCAAUGAUCGAGCCGAACCCACCGGUGAAUCAACGGUUGUGGACAUUAACAUGUGUCCUCCUGAUGCCACCAAUAAAAAAAGAGUUGGAGCUCAGGACGAAGGAGCGUCUAAGAUCACCGAAGAAGUGAAUCCGGAUGCCACCUAUGAAGCAAGUGUCGAAGUUGCUGCUAUCGAAACGGUUAGAGGUAUCAGCGAAUCAACGAUUGAAGCCACCAACAAGACCGCUAGCGACGGACGUCCUGAGGACAUCGAUGAGAUAACUUUUGAUCCUAUCGACGAGGCAACUCUCAAGGCUACUGAUGAGGAGGGGUCCGAGGUCACAGGUGAUGUGACUCUUAUCACGAUCGACUUUGAAAGACGAAGUGUUGCAUUCGUUGAUGCCACGGUCGACUUAGAUGACGUUUCGGAUACGGAGGAGGAGACCUUUCCUUCCCAUCCUGCGCAAGAUGACGAUACGCGAGCUUUUGUUUUGAUCAAAGGCAUCAACGACGAUUCCGACGGCGACGAUGUUCCAGCCGAAGUUCCAUUCGACGUUUUAGUCGAGUUUCUGAAACUAAUCGACAAGUACAGCCUUCAAGAACCUUAUCUAACGCGUAGCAGAAGCUGGACGAAUGCCCUGCUACCGAGUAUCCCAACUACUCUAGAUCAAGACGCCAUAGCCUGGCUGUGGGUUCUGUGGCGACUGAGGAUUAGGGGCGAGUUCAAGAAGUUGUCGGGUAUCGUACAGAAGCAAGCCGAAUGCCGCAUCGACGAAGACACAAACGUAUAUGGAAUUGAGCUACCGGAGUGCAUCGUCGAAGCCAUAGACCGGAGAAGAGUUUCAGCACUGUGCACAGUUCGGGAUCGCGUCGGCUCCAUAAUCGAACAGUAUCGGCAGGACAAUGACGAUUGGAUAUUUGAUAAUUGA